AUGGCUUCGGGAACUGCGAAGCAGGGAGCUGCCCUUCACCAUCAUGGCGUCGGGGGAUGUCCGAGUUCGGAAACUGCGAAGCGGGGAGCUGCCACAGUAUGGCGCCAACUGAAGGCGUCCUGGACUCUGGGGGGCGGAGGCUGCCUUCACAAUCGGGGGCGGGCGAAGGCGGGGAGGGGCGGGGAGAGGGAGGAGAAAAGGGGCUGGCGGCCCAGCACCGGCGGUCAUGUGACUGGGAAGAUGGCGGUCUUCCCCUGGCACUCCAGGCACAGGAACUACAAGGCUGAGCUUUUGUCGUGCCGGCUGGAGGCCGCGCCGCUGGAGUUUGGGGACUACCACCCCCUGAAGCCCAUCACGGUCACAGAAUCAAAGACAAAGAAAGUAAGCCGGAAAGGAAGCACCUCUUCCACGUCGUCGUCCUCUUCCAGCUCUGUGGCAGACCCGCUGAGCAGUGUCCUCGAUGGAACUGACCCGCUUUCCAUGUUUGCAGCCACUGCUGACCCCGCAGCUAUGGCAGUAGCCACGGAGAGUUCCAGAAAGAAACGCGACAGAGAUGACAACCCCAUCGUAGGAUCGGAUUUUGAGCCUUGGGCCAACAAGCGGGGAGAGAUCCUUGCCCGGUACACAACUACGGAAAAGCUGUCCAUUAAUCUUUUCAUGGGAUCUGAAAAAGGCAGAGCUGGGACUGCCCCUUCCGCGAUGUCAGAGAAGGUCCGGACGCGGUUGGAGGAGUUGGACGACUUUGAGGAGGGAUCCCAAAAGGAGCUGUUGAACUUGACUCAGCAGGAUUAUGUGAACCGAAUAGAGGAGCUCAACCAGUCGCUCAAGGACGCCUGGGCCUCGGACCAGAAAGUGAAGGCUCUGAAAAUUGUCAUCCAGUGCUCAAAGCUUCUUUCGGACACAAGUGUUAUUCAGUUCUACCCAAGCAAGUUUGUCCUCAUCACCGACAUACUCGAUACAUUUGGAAAGCUGGUCUAUGAGCGCAUCUUUUCCAUGUGUGUGGAUAACCGCAGCACCUUACCAGAUCACUUUUCUCCAGAGAACGUAAAUGACACGGCCAAGGAAACAUGCCUGAAUUGGUUUUUCAAGAUUGCUUCCAUCAGGGAACUCAUUCCAAGAUUCUAUGUGGAAGCAUCCAUCCUGAAGUGUAAUAAAUUCCUCUCUGAAACGGGGAUUUUGGAAUGCCUGCCCCGGUUGACCUGCAUGAUCAGAGGCAUCGGGGACCCACUGGUGUCGGUGUAUGCCCGGGCGUACUUGUGUCGGGUGGGAAUGGAAGUGGCUCCACACCUCAAAGAAAGCCUGAAUAGGAACUUCUUUGACUUCCUUCUUACAUUUAAACAGAUCCACGGGGACACGGUGCAGAAUCAGCUGGUGGUCCAGGGAGUGGAGCUCCCGUCCUAUCUACCCCUGUAUUCACCUGCCAUGGACUGGAUCUUCCAGUGCAUCUCCUACCACGCCCCUGAGGUUUUGCUGACUGAGAUGAUGGAAAGAUGUAAGAAACUAGGAAACAACGCCUUGCUGUUGAAUUCUGUGAUGUCAGCCUUCCGGGCUGAGUUUGUCGCCACCAGGUCCAUGGACUUCAUUAGCAUGAUUAAAGAAUGUGACGAGUCUGGUUUCCCUAAGCAUCUCCUUUUUCGCUCACUGGGCUUAAACUUGGCUUUGGCUGAUCCGCCUGAGAGUGAUCGACUCCAGAUUCUCAAUGAAGCUUGGAAAGUCAUUACUAAACUGAAGAAUCCACAGGACUACAUUAAUUGUGCUGAAGUGUGGGUAGAGUAUACCUGCAAGCAUUUCACGAAACGAGAGGUGAAUACUGUUUUGGGCGAUGUCAUCAAGCACAUGACUCCAGAUCGAGCAUUCGAGGAUUCCUACCCUCAGCUUCAGUCAAUAAUUAAGAAAGUUAUUGCCCACUUCCAUGAUUUCUCAGUUCUUUUCUCAGUGGAAAAAUUUCUGCCAUUUCUGGAUAUGUUCCAAAAAGAGAGUGUGCGGGUGGAAGUUUGCAAAUACAUCAUGGAAGCCUUUAUCAAGCAUCAACAAGAGCCCACCAAGGACCCUGUCAUUCUGAACGCCCUUUUGCACAUUUGCAAGACCAUGCAUGACUCCGUGAAUGCACUCACUCUCGACGAUGAGAAAAGAACACUGGCUCAUCUGAUUAAUGGAUUUAUUAAAAUGGCCCAUGUCAUCGCGCUGAGAUGGCAGUUACAAUCUUCAGCUAUACACCAGGUUUCCUUUGGCCGUGAUUUUGAACAACAGCUCAGUUUUUAUGUCGAGUCCAGGUCGAUGUUUUGCAAUCUGGAGCCUGUUCUUGUACAGUUGAUUCAUAGUGUGAACCGACUGGCAAUGGAAACAAGGAAAGUAAUGAAAGGAAAUCAUUCCAGAAAGACGGCUGCAUUUGUCCGGGCCUGUGUUGCCUACUGCUUCAUCACCAUCCCCUCCCUGGUGGGAAUCUUCACACGCCUCAACCUCUACCUGCAUUCUGGUCAGGUUGCCUUGGCCAACCAGUGCCUCUCCCAAGCUGAUGCAUUUUUUAAAGCUGCUAUAAGCCUCAUUCCAGAAGUUCCAAAGAUGAUAAAUAUUGAUGGAAAGAUGCGGCCGUCGGAAUCAUUCCUACUGGAAUUUCUCUGCAAUUUCUUCUCUACCUUAUUGAUAGUUCCGGAUCAUCCUGAACACGGGGUCCUGUUUCUUGUUCGGGAGCUUCUCAAUGUGAUUCAGGACUACACCUGGGAGGACAACAGCGAUGACAAAAUCCGGAUCUACACCUGUGUCCUGCACCUGCUGUCCGCCAUGAGCCAGGAGACCUAUCUGUACCACAUAGACAAAGUUGACUCCAAUGACAGCCUCUACGGUGGCGACUCUAAGUUCCUGGCUGAAAACAACAAGCUGUGCGAGACAGUGAUGGCUCAGAUCCUGGAGCACCUGAAAACCCUGGCCAAGGACGAGGCCCUGAAGCGCCAGAGCUCGCUGGGUCUCUCCUUCUUCAACAGCAUCCUGGCCCACGGAGACCUGCGAAACAACAGGCUUAACCAGCUCUCUGUCAACUUGUGGCACCUGGCACAGAGGCAUGGCUGCGGGGACACCAGGACCAUGGUGAAAACUCUGGAAUAUAUCAAGAAGCGAAGCAAACAACCAGACAUGAAUCACCUGACUGAGCUGGCCCUCAGACUCCCUCUGCAGACAAGGACCUGACCCUGCUCCUCCAGAAGUCGGUCCCCAAGGACUCUGGCACUGGGUCUAAAAAGACCUUACUUUGCUACCCUCCAUUUUUACUGGAAAUGAAGUUUUUUGUUUUUACUUUAUUUUUACAUAUACAGAUUGGUUUAGGCUCUAGCCUCUCCCCAGGUAUUCUGACAGUGAGAAGUGGGGAUCAGCAUUAAAAUCAAAUCUUGUUCUCCAAGAA